GCAAGGAGGCUGGAUGAUUACCCGCGAAGCCCUCACUAUGAGGCCGAUCGCAGUAGAGGCGACUCCCGCGGCUGAUGGGAGACAGAUCAGGGCCGACGAGAUGGAUAUAGGGACGACAGAUACGAGAGAUCAGACCGAGAUGGAUAUAGGGACGGCAGAUACGAGAGAUCGGACCGAGACGAAUGUAGGGACGACAGAUAUGAGAGAUCGGGUCGAGAUGGCUACAGAGGUGGUAGGUAUGAAAGAGGAGAUCGGGAUUGGGAACAACGAGAUGGGUCGUGUGGACGGUUUGAGCGAGGGGGAGAUACGAGAGAGCAGCGCGACGAGUCGCGGGGGUGGUACAACCGAGGGGACCGACGCGAUGAGUCACGAGGGCGAUAUGACUCGGGGGACCGCCGGAAUGAUUCGCGAGGGCGGUAUGAGCAAGGAGGGUCUGGAGGAGACCGCCGCAACGAUUCGCGCGGUCGGAAUGAGAGAGGGGGAUAUGGCGUCUCAUCAGAACCAUAUCCGAAAUGAUCUCGGAGAUGUAUCGAUGUUCCCUUCGAUGAAGGAGAAUGUCGAAGCAAGGAGAAUAAAGACGAGUAAAGGAAUGGAGCCGGUCAGGAGCCAGAGCAUCAAGAUAAUCUUUGAGGGGGAUAUCGCGACCACACCCAUAAGGGUAGCAGCCACCAAGUCGGCAAGAGGGUCUACAUCGAAGAAGACUGACACGGAUUACGUGAUGACGGAGAAGGACGGACAGUGGGUCGAUGGAGAGGAGGUUAUCCUUUCGCCGCGAAAAAGGGGAGUGAAUAAGUUUUUAAUGAAGAGUUCGCUGGACGAGAUUGACAUGGUUGAGCCACUGAGGCGGGCCCUUCGGCAACCAACGCAGUGCUCUAUUCUGGAGUACCUGGCGGCAUCGAAGCCGGCUCGUGAUGAAUUACAGAUUAUUACGCGGAAGACUCGCAUACCUCUAUCAGAGGAGGGUCAGGGGGCCCCUGAAGCGGAAGCUUCUACAGUAGCGGUAACGGGGGUGACUGCCAGAGCGGAUCACAUGGCGACAGUCCUUCUCGAUGGGAUGGAAGGUGUGUCUUCAGACAAGUUCUAUAUACUUGGUAGCGGGGCCGUGGAAACGAUUAUAACGAUGGAGCGAUACUUGAUGCUGUGAUUGAUAACGGCAGUGAGGCUGUCAUCAUAGACGUGGACCUGGCAGUACAAGUUGGACUGGGCCUCGAUAGGUCAUACCUAUUCGAGA